AAGGCGGCACUAAGACUCUGAUGAACACCAUCAUGCAGCUGAGGAAGAUCUGUAAUCAUCCGUACAUGUUCCAGCAGAUCGAGGAGUCGUUUUCUGAGCAUCUGGGUUUCUCGGGCGGGAUCGUUCAGGGGCUUGAUUUAUUCCGCGCCUCGGGAAAGUUUGAGGUGCUGGAUCGUAUUUUGCCCAAAUUACGAGUGUCCAAUCACAAAGUGCUGCUCUUCUGCCAAAUGACCACUCUGAUGACCAUAAUGGAGGAUUAUUUCGCUUACCGCAGCUUUAAAUACCUGCGUCUGGACGGUGAGCUUGUGUUUCUCUGUGUUUGUCUGUAGUUUGUGAAGUAUAGCAGGAUUAUGAUUAUUAUUGCUCAUG